UUUUUAUUUUCAUCUUUAAAAAAAAAGAAAUCUUGUCCAUACAUUUUUGUUUUUAGUGUCCCCCCACUAAGGCCAUAGCCACUCCUUUUUCCCCAUUGACAUUUUUAAGCCAAAUCAAGUCCUUUCCCUUCACCCCCCUUGGACAAGUGAAGGACAGGAAAUGGUAGCUUUUUCAAAAUUUUCAGAGUUACGGUGAGCUUCUCACUCUUAACUUACUAAAAACCUUUGGAAGUAUUGGACUGCAAUGAGGCAACCAACUUCUUUUUUUUUCUCUCUUUUUUUUAAAUCAUAGCUCACAAAUUUUCUGUUGAUUACUUUUUAGACAGCUUCAUGUAUUUUGUUUUUCAGUAUAGUACACUUAUUAUAUUUGUCCCCACCCUGUAUCACUCUUAGUCCUAAUGUCCUUUGCUUUAUCCCGACCUUUUACCAGAGGUCAGCCCCUCUCCUUUCAGGAAGAAAGGCUGAAGUAUUUAAAUCAAAGCAGUUGAUCUGUAUUGUACUUUUUGAACCUUGGCCCAUGCAUUUUCAUAUAGUUGCUUUUGGAGGGAAAAUGCUGGCUCGGUCUUUGAAGAAUAUAUGAACUGAAUCUAGUUUAUCUUUGCAGUGCAAAAGAUAAGAUGGUUUCUAACCUAAACACUAUACUCCAAUAUUGUUUAUCAAGUGCCCAGCUUUUGGUCACUUGGUUUGCUGUCAGUACAGUCGCUGCCAGUGUGGGUUUUAUUUCCGAGUUUGACACUUAAUUUGCCAUUCUAAAAUUGCGGGCGGGCUCCCUGGGUAGGGUCAAAUCUGCAGAUGUGGAGUUGUCCCACUGGUUACAGGCCAUCUUAUUUCGUGCUAGAGGGGGGUAAAGGAGUGGGGAGGAGCAUCAGGGAGUCACAAGCUCCCCUGCUCUGUCGCUCCACCCCCCGCGCGCUUGCUGAGGAUUGGUGGAGUGUGCGCGCUCAGAGCUGUCUUCCUGAACCCUCACUUAUGUCCAGUCAGUGCUGAAGUACACCCCUACAGUGCUUCUCAUGCACACAUGCAUUAGUUUUUUUAUGGUUGAUAAUGAAAAUUUAACCAGCUGGUUAUCUAUUCUGAUAUCCACUGCUAUUGAAUAGCAUGUUUAACUGUGGGUUUAAGAGGGUUCAUUCUCAAGUGCCUUAAAAUGGUCCAUGGUCCAUGUGGCAUCAGGCAGACAGCUCACAAUCUGUACUCCACCACCUGCGUCAGCUGCUGGGUUAGAAAGACAGAAGCACGCGCAGCAACAGCGAUGACUUCUUUAUUUCAGAGCUGUGGAGGCUUCUAAAUACAAAUAAUUACACCACAGACUUUUCUCCCUACCCCAUUGGCCAGGAUUCAAGAAAGCAGGCCCGGAUAAAGAAAUCAAAGUUUUGAUCAAAUAUCUUAUGAAAAUGCUAAAAGAAUAAAAGAAAAGCAAUGAUUAAUACUUCUUCCCUGUUCCUUCAAAUAUGUAAUAUUAUUCCCAAAGAAAUGGGAUCAGUUCAUUUGGGCAAGAUCAAGCCAGUAACUGCCCUCCUGUAGUUUGAUAUGAAAACUGAAUUGAUGGACAGCUAGAACUGACUGCCUGACUAUAUUUCGCUGAUAAACUGAACACAUCAAAGCCUUUCUUCCCUCCCAGUUACCCUUAAAGCAUUUCUUUUGUUUUCUUUGAAAUGAAACAUUCAUUGCAUGAAUGAAAACUAAGAAUAGUGUGUUUUUUAUGUUUGUUGUGAUUUGGAAGAACCAAUUUUAUUUCCAUAUUAAAAAAAGAAUGUAUUGUUUGAAAACUUUUACUAACGGUCUUGUUUUCUUAUUUUGUCUCUUUUGGUUUUUCCGCAACUGAUAUUGUUAUUUAGAAGGUUUCAGGUGGGUGACACUAUUCCUGCGUAGGUGCCUGGCGGAAAGGAACACUAGGGCAGCCUCAGUCCUCUCCUCUUCUUCCAGCCAGCUGCGGCCACCACUCUGACAAAGUCCAAAAAUAUGGUAACGGGUUUGUAACUGCCAACAAAAGAAAAACCACCUCACUUCAUGCUUGAGCUCCUCUGUCUUGUGGCUUCCUUUUUGAAGAGCAAAAGAAAAAAGUAACUAAACAAAUUACAGUAAGCAUUUCUUAAAAUAUGCCAUACUAAUUUCCCAAUUCUGUAUUAAGUAAAAAGAAACUAGGAUUUGGAAGCAAUAAUCGUGAAAAACAAGUAAGAACCCUCUAACUCUUACAUGCUGUUUAUUUUUUCCUAUUUUGUUUUGUUUUUCCUUCUUUAUUUUGGAGUUGCAGCGUUCUGAUGAUGAUGCAGAUAGUGCGCUGUGAGUCUGCAGUAGCGCAGGGGCUGCGCAGCGAUACCCUCCAGGCAACCAAAAAGGCGGAAAGCGCAAGCAUGCGAUCCCCACCCCCCUCACUUCCUUUGGCCUGUUGGUUGUGGACCUCUCCCCACUCACAACCAGCCUCGCUCCCAAAUGCCCCAAAUCUCAGACAUAAUUGGCUUUUAAAAAAGUGUUGGUUUUUUUUGUUGUUGUUUUUUUUUUCAUGUAUAGUAAAUCCUUUUUACUUAUUCACUUAUUUACUGUUUAUUGGCUGUUUAUUUCCAAAUGCCCCAUGUCUUAACAUCACAGUGUAGCCACUUGUUGAUCCCUCAAUCCCCCCCUUUAUUCUGAGAUACUUCAUGGGUGCUGAGUGUGUGCCAGUCUGGUGUAGCAGGUGUUCUGCCAGGGGUUGUUGGUCUGCAGCUGUCUUAUCUGGCCAUUCAGCGUGCGCAGCAGCGAAGUAAUGACCUUUGCCUGGAGCAAGGUCACGCAAGCAGCAUUAUAUGGUGCAUUGUGGUGGUGGCAAUAGACACGAACCACGCGCCUGCGUUUGUUGCGCAUGCAUUACAGGGACCAUCACUUGCACGAACUGUCAAGCAUCCCAGGUUGUGAGAUAUCAUGCCCACAUAAAAUAUACAGCAUUCAUGCAGAUAUUUGUGAUAUUUUAAAUCUUAAUAUUAUCUUUACUACUUUGGGUUAUAACUAAUCAGUAUUGAUCUUAUUAAAGGGUAGCAGCAGACUGUACCUGAUGUGGGGACCACUACAUUUUGUGAGAAUGUGGUCAUAACUGAAGGAUGAGGGCCUUCUUGUGGGUGUUGGUUGGAUCCGCGCAGCGUAGGGAAAAAGCAAUGCAGCUUAGCGCGGCAGACUUGUGCGCACACAAGCCCAUGCUGCAGACUCACUUUUUGCCAUGAUGGAGAAUAGUCACUAAUUUUGCUUUCUCUGCCCUUUUUGUUUUUCUUACUUUUAUUCUCAAUCUUCUAUUUGUUUUUAUUUUACAAUCCCUUACCCUCCCUUCUACAUACUAUACCUCUCCCAUUCUACCUCUUCUCCUCCUUUCCUGUUGUUUUUUCAUUGUAAACCCAAUGGAGGCUUGUUACCUGAAAGCCAUUGAGACUCAGCCCAACUUUGCAGUGGCUUGGAGCAACCUGGGCUGUGUGUUCAAUGCCCAGGGAGAGAUAUGGCUGGCCAUACAUCAUUUUGAAAAGGCAGUGACUCUGGACCCAAAUUUCCUUGAUGCAUACAUCAAUUUAGGAAAUGUUUUGAAGGAAGCCCGCAUCUUUGACAGAGCUGUGGCUGGAUACCUAAGAGCCCUGAGCCUUAGCCCCAACCAUGCGGUUGUUCAUGGAAACCUGGCCUGUGUCUACUACGAGCAAGGCCUCAUUGACCUGGCUAUUGACACCUACCGUCGUGCUAUUGAAUUGCAGCCCCACUUCCCCGAUGCCUACUGCAAUUUGGCAAAUGCCCUGAAGGAGAAAGGCAAUGUGUCUGAAGCAGAAGAGUGUUACAACACAGCCUUGCGUUUGUGUCCAACCCAUGCAGACUCCCUUAACAACUUGGCCAAUAUCAAGCGUGAGCAGGGCAACAUUGAGGAUGCAGUUCAGCUGUAUAGGAAAGCACUGGAGGUGUUCCCAGAGUUUGCAGCAGCUCACUCUAACCUGGCCAGUGUCCUGCAGCAGCAGGGAAAACUCCAAGAGGCCCUCAUGCACUACAAGGAGGCCAUCAGAAUCAGCCCCACAUUUGCUGAUGCAUACUCAAACAUGGGCAAUACACUGAAGGAAAUGCAAGAUGUACAGGGAGCGCUGCAAUGCUACACCCGUGCCAUCCAGAUCAACCCUGCCUUUGCUGAUGCUCACAGCAAUCUGGCCUCAAUCCACAAGGAUUCUGGAAACAUCCCAGAGGCCAUUGCAUCUUACCGCACAGCCUUGAAACUGAAGCCGGACUUCCCUGAUGCUUACUGCAACUUGGCACAUUGCCUGCAGAUUGUGUGUGAUUGGACAGAUUAUGAUGAGCGGAUGAAGAAGCUUGUGAGCAUUGUGGCUGACCAGCUGGAUAAGAACCGCUUGCCUUCAGUGCACCCACACCACAGCAUGCUGUAUCCACUCUCUCACGGCUUCCGCAAGGCCAUUGCUGAGCGCCACGGAAACCUUUGUCUGGACAAGGUACACGCACUGAUCAAAAUCAAUGCACUGCACAAACCUGCUUUUGAGCAUCCGAAAGAUCUGAAGGCCAGCGGUGGACGUCUGCGUAUUGGCUACGUCAGCUCUGACUUUGGCAACCACCCUACUUCCCACCUGAUGCAGUCCAUUCCUGGAAUGCACAAUCCUGAGAAAUUUGAGGUGUUCUGCUAUGCGCUCAGCCCUGACGAUAGUACCAACUUCCGUGUGAAAGUGGUAGCAGAGGCUCAUCAUUUCACAGAUCUCUCCCAGAUUCCUUGCAAUGGCAAAGCAGCUGAUCGUAUUCACCAGGAUGGAAUCCACAUUCUGGUCAACAUGAACGGAUACACCAAGGGAGCCCGAAAUGAGCUGUUUGCCCUCCGGCCUGCCCCCAUUCAGUCGAUGUGGCUGGGUUACCCUGGAACCAGCGGGGCUCCCUUCAUGGACUACAUCAUCUCUGACAAGGAGACAUCACCUAUCGAAGUAGCUGAGCAGUAUUCUGAGAAACUGGCCUACAUGCCCAAUACUUUCUUCAUUGGAGACCACGCCAACAUGUUCCCUCACCUCAAGAAAAAGGCUGUGAUUGAUUUCAAGUCUAAUGGACACAUCUUUGACAACCGCAUUGUUCUUAAUGGUAUUGAUCUGAAGGCCUUCUUGGACAGUCUGCCAGAUGUGAAAGUGAUAAAGAUGAAGUGUGACAACAACCAGGAAGCUGCUGGUGACACAAAUGGAGCUCUGUCCAUGCCUGUAAUCCCCAUGAACACAGCAGCUGAAGCGAUCAUCAACAUGAUCAACCAAGGCCAGAUCCAGGUCACAAUCAAUGGCUUCACUGUCAGCAAUGGCCUGGCCACCACACAGAUUAAUAACAAAGCUGCCACAGGGGAGGAGGUGCCACGCACAAUCGUUGUGACAACCCGCUCCCAGUAUGGUCUCCCAGAGGACUCCAUUGUCUACUGCAACUUCAACCAGCUCUACAAGAUUGAUCCCCCUACUCUUCAGAUGUGGGCCAACAUCCUGAAGCGUGUGCCCAACAGUGUGCUCUGGCUUCUUCGUUUCCCUGCUGUUGGUGAGCCCAACAUCCAGCAGUACGCUCAGAACAUGGGUCUGCCUGGCUCUCGCAUCAUCUUCUCGCCUGUGGCCCCCAAGGAGGAGCAUGUGAGAAGGGGCCAGCUAGCUGAUGUGUGCCUAGACACUCCUCUAUGCAAUGGUCACACCACAGGCAUGGAUGUUCUCUGGGCUGGAACACCCAUGGUCACAAUGCCAGGUGAGACCCUUGCCUCCCGUGUGGCUGCCUCACAACUCAACUGUCUGGGCUGCCCUGAGCUAAUAGCCCAGAGUCGCCAGGACUACGAGGACAUAGCAGUCAAACUGGGCUCUGACAUGGAAUACCUGAAGAUGGUCAGAGCACGUGUUUGGAAGCAGCGAAUCUGCAGCCCCCUUUUCAACACCAAGCAGUACACAAUAGACCUGGAGAGGCUCUAUCUGCAGAUGUGGGAGCACCAUAGCAAUGGCAACAAGCCAGAACACCUGGUCCAGAUAGUAGAGACCAGUGAGAAUGCCUGAAUGAAAAGCACACUUUUUCCCUUAUACCCCAACCAUGUCCAGCCCCCUCCCCACCACCACCACCAUUUGUUUGGGGGUUUUUUUUUAAACCAUUAUCAGCACCCUAGUUUGGAAUCGGCAGUUUCCACUCCAGCCCUCUCCCUGAAUGACUGUCUCCAGCUCUUUCAUUUACUAUUAAUGGGACUCUUUAUUUGCAAAGGAGCCUACAGAUGUACACAUUUGUCUCCCAUCACAUUUGUCGUUGCAUCACACAUCUGCAUUUCCUGAGCCAGAUAGAGCGUGAGACUUUGAGGCCCCUCAUCUGAGACUCUUGUCCUAAAACACAGUAUAUUUGGUGAGCAUGAGAGGAUUGUGAAUGCCCUGCUUACCCCUUCAGUACUUGGAUCAGUGGAUUUUUUUUCUCCUGUCAGUGUGCAUACAAGACUAAUUGCAGCUUGUGGAGAGAAUGCCCAGCCGUCAUUACUUGUUGAUCUAUUUAUAAAUAGAUUAAGAGUGUUGUGUGUUUUAAAAGGACAAUGUUGCACCAUGAAAAUUGUAACUGAGUUAAGUUCUAUCAGCUUUAACAUGAGAUUGUAAAAAAAAAAUAGGUUGCAACUGCUCUUUAGUUUGUCUUAAGAUGUUAUUAAAUUACUGCAAUGAGUAGAUGUGAAAGUUUGAGGGAUAUGGUCUAGACUUCUUCUCACUAAAUGCCAACUUUUUAUUAAUUUUGUUGUCAAUCAAGGGAUGUGUUCAAUAGCUGUUGUCCUGUUUGAUGUCACACUAUGCUUGUAAAGAUUAUUGGACAAAUCUGGACAAAGGAGCUUCAAUUAAUUGGAAAGGGCCUAAAUUUCAGUUUAGAUGUCAGAGCUGUUCACAAAUUGAUCUUGUUUUUUAAUCACUCAAACCAGGAACGGCCUAGGUAAGUAUUUUCUAAGCAGUUUUUCUUUUUGUAUUGUCCGUUAAUUGUGUGCUGUCAAUGAUGCCACCAGGCUCUGAAUAUAAUAAAAAAAAAAUAAAGAGAUGGCAAAACUCGA